AUGUCACCCUCUCGGCCUCUCAAGCCGACUGCGAUCGUCGGAAUGGCAUGCAGGUUACCGGGAGAUGUUAACAGCCCCGAAGAUUUCUGGGAUCUCUUGAUUGACGGUCGAGAUGGCUAUUCUGACUUUCCUUACACGAGACUAAACAUUGAUGCAUGGUUUGGUCAAAACGCCACCCGUCCAGGAUUUUCCCUAAAGGAUGAUCUCGACAGCUUCGACAAUGAUUUCUUCAACAUCUCAGCUGUUGAGGCUUCUACCAUGGAUCCUGCUCAAAAGAAAAUGCUCGAGGUCACCUAUGAAGCUUGUGAAAGAGCUGGAGUGUCAUUGGCCCAGCUAUCCGGAACAUGUACUGGUGUAUACGCAGGCAACUUCUGUCCUGAGCAAUGUCUAACAGGCCUUAAAGACUCCGAGUUCAUGACAGCUUAUACAGCAACUGGCGCUUCAACAGCCAUGCUCAGCAAUCGCAUAAGUUAUGCGUUUGACUUGAAGGGGCCCAGCCUUACUGUUGGUACGGCUUGUGCGUCGUCAGGCUGCGCUCUCCAUAUGGCCUGUUCUGGUCUCCGAAAUAACGAUUGCGAUGCUGCAUCAGUAUGCGCCGCAAAUACCAUCAGAAGUGUGGAAGCGCAAAUGUUCGUGUCGAAACUGGGCGUAUUGUCCCCUACAUCAAGAUGCCAUACGUUCGAUUCAAGGGCAGAUGGAUAUACUCGAGCAGAUGGAGCUGUAGCUUUCUUUGUCAAGCAACUCUCUCACGCAAUCAGAGCUGGUAAUCCUAUUCAUGCAGUUAUUCGCGGCACAGAAGUUGGGGCGAAUGGAUCUGGCGGGAGUAUAACAAGUCCUAGUGAAGAUGCUCAAAUUGUUGUCAUACGAAAAGCAUACGAAAAUGCGGGGAUAACCGACAUACAAAGUACUAGCUAUUUUGAAUGCCAUGGCACUGGAACUCCAUAUGGAGACGUAGUAGAGACGCAUGCAGUUGGGAAAAUCUUUGCGCCCUACAAAACUCCUGGAGAGCCUCUUCAUAUUGGAUCAGUCAAGCCUAAUUUAGGGCAUUCCGAAAGCGCUUCCGCCCUGACAACAUUAAUGAGGGUCCUACUGGCCAUUGAGGCUAACAUUAUACCACCCACUAUUGUAUUCGGAGUCUCAAUGAAAAGAUAA